GUUUACCAACCUCUCUUGGCCUUCCACUCUCACAGGCAGAGUUUCAUACGUCUCAGCGAAUACGAUCAUGAUUCUAAUGAGGACGAAGAGGAUUCCUUCUUUCAGUGGGACCACCAUCGAUCCACAGUACUAUCCACUUCAAAAGCAAGCAUCCAUAGAACUGACAGCUUAGCCAAGAUUGGAUCUGGCGAGAUACAGCGUUUACGAGACGAAUUUGCCGUAAAUCUGAACAAGUUCCAGGGAUUUUUAAGUGAAACCGAAUCCGCCCUACUUGGAGUUUUCCAAUUACCUCAACCCGAUUUCCCUCUUCCAUCACUUGAAGAAUGUGUUGGAGGGCUCGAUGAUGAAACGUUUGAACAGUUCAAGCUACUAAUUGAUAGUUGGAACGCGCAGAUAGAUAACACAAUUAGGGAAUUGAUUAAGCCCCGUUCAGUAUUAACUGGCCCUCUAGAAGAGGUUGAUUACUGGAGAUAUCGAUACAAAACUCUUACAUCGAUAAAUGAAGCUCUUAAGGACAAAGCAGUUAUGAAUGCAACUGAACUGUGGAAUUCAGUAUCCCACGUGGGUGUAGUGGAAUUUAAUCGAACUAAAGAGAUUCGUCGACUUAUGGCUGAAGCAAAAGAUAUUGCAAGAUUCUUGCUUCUGGUUGAGCGACAUUUCAAGAAUAUUCAGUUCGGACACAGUUUCAAUGUAGUUGCAGAUACAAUAGCACCAAUGAUGCAAUCAUUGCGACUCAUUUGGACGAUUUCGCGGUGUUUCAAUCAGGAUAAACGCAUGGGUCCAUUACUGCAUAAAAUCGCCUGGGCUCUGAACUAUCGUGUAAUUCGAGUUAUGCAUAUUCCCACCCUGUUUAGUCAAUCAAUAAAGAACAUCAUCCGAGAAACGAGCUCAGCAAUUAGAAUGGUCACUGCAUUUGAGACUGCAUACAACCGAGAGAGACAGGAAGUUGAAAUCAUCUCUCCAGAUAAUCGUUGGGAGUUCGAUCGCAAACGUCUUUUUGGCAGGCUCCGUCAUGUCACAAAAGUUCUC